AUGAAUUUUACUUAAGAAUAAAAUAAAGAAACAAGUAUAUUUUACAAAUCUAAACUUUGUACUCAUUGGUCAACAAAAGGACAUUGUGCUAAAUAAGAAAAAUGCAAUUAUGCACAUGGAGAAACUGAAUUGCGUCAUAUACCACAAGAAUAUUUGACUCAUCCUCAUACUAAUAACUCCAGUGCCUUUUCGAUUAACAAUGAAGGGCAGACGAAUAUGGCUGUGAUCCAAUAAAACUCAAUAUAGGGAUAACUCUUAAAUCCCUUUUGGAAAACUAAAAUUUGUAAUUUCUACCUUCAAGGAAAAUGUAGAAAUAUUAUCGAUUGCAAUUAUGCUCACGUUGAAGAUGAACUCAGAGACCCCAACAGUCAAGCAUGUCAAUCUAUUCAGAACAUCCUUAAAUUAUAAGAUCCUGUUUAUAGAUUAUAAUUACUCAACUAUAAUGCUUAAUUUCAAAAGAAUUUGUUGGAGCGUGCCAAAACUAUAUUUGAUUAAAUAAGGAAAAUGGAGUUAAUACACAAAAACAACAAUGAUAUUCAAGACAUGCUUGAAGAAGCCAAAUUAUUGAUAUUUUAAAAAGAAAUCGAAUAAGCCACAUUGAAAAUCAUCGAGAUAAUGUCAUUGCCUGAUCUAACUUUAGAUGAAAGAGAAUAACAUUAAGAAAUUAAAAGUAAAAUCAAAGAAUCCUUUGAGAUUCCUUAAGUUCAAUUUCCAACCACAUCUAAAUAUCCUCCUGAAGAUAUUGAAAAAAUGAAAUAAUUAAUGGAGUAAGAAUAAGGACAGAGACUACCCAUCCCCAUGAUACCUACAAUCAAACCAUUUCCGAACCAUUAACAAGUUUACUAGGAUAGAUGCAAAAAUCAAAAAUUAACAUGA